AUGCCAAGGCUGGCGAACGUCACACUUGACAAGCUCGAUGACAGCGUCAAAAACUGGUUGAACGAUCAGAACACCCAGACGCUGAACGGAGCUCUGGCCUUUGUGCCUUUCAUCCUGCAGCAGGCCUUCUUUGAAGGGAACCUCGACGAGAAGCAGAUUGUGAUCCACAAGGGGUCUGGAGGUGUCGUCUUUUCAGACGCGAGUGGCUUCACCGCCCUCACUGAGAAGUUAGCGAAGAAGAGCAACGGUGCCGAGCUCCUCUCUCAGUGCCUGACGGCCUUCUUUACACCGCUGAUAGACCUCAUCAAUGCGUACCGUGGAGACACCAUCAAGUUCAGUGGAGAUGCGCUGACGAUCUACUUUCCGUCCGUCGACGACACCAAGACUUCCAGCUUUAAUGGCAUUGUGCCGCCACACGGAAGUUUUGGCCUCGCUGAUCUCGGCCCCAUGGCAACGGCCGUCCUCCGAGCGUCUGCUUGCUGCAUUGAGAUCCACAAGAGGCUGCACAUGUUCGAGACAGGUGUUGACGAUGUGCGGCUGUGCCUGCACAUCGGUGUCGGCUGUGGUGAAAUUAGCAUCCUGCAGGUGGGCGGCAUCGUUCCACCGGAGACUCACAUCCCGAGGAUAGAGUAUCUGAUCUCCGGAGCCCCGCUCGAGCAGAUCUCCAUUGCGGAGCCCCUGGCAAAGAACGGCGAGACGUGUCUGAGCCCCCAGGCCUGGGAGUUGGUGAAAGACUGCGUCAUCGAAGGCCGCCCUCUGGAGGACCGCAUGGACUUCCACCUGCUGCUGCGGAUGGAUGAGUCGAAGUACACCUUCCCCACCAUCAAGUAUGCCACUCAACUCUACGACACGCGCAUCGAGAACUGCUUCAAGCUUGACCAGCUGAACAUCACAAGACGGUACAUCCCGUCUGCCGUCUUCAAGCAGAUUGAAUGCGGCACCCUUCAGUACGUCAACGAGAUGCGUGUCCUGGCUGAGCAUUUGUGGUGGACCUUCCCAUGCAACAUCUCCGUCAUCUUCAUCAACGGUUCUGGCCUAGACGUCAUGUCGUCGAACGGCCCUAGCCAGGCACAGGAGCUGAUGUCAUCCGUGCAGAAGGUAUGCUACGCGCACGAGGGAACCCUGAACAAGUUCUUAAUUGAUGACAAGGGCAUGCAGCGGCCCCAGCAUUUGCGCCCAGCAGCCUCCAUCAUGCUCUUUUCAG